AUGACCAAGGAAAGCAUUGCUGGUAGCAGUGUAGUGGAUGUGAAAACUGUUUCACAAGAGGUGCUAAAGACUGCCUUUGUUCACCAUGGAAUCCAUGAAUCUGUCAAAGCCUUAAACAGGCACCCAGCCCAUCUUUGUGUGCUCUCAUCUAACUGUCAUCAGCCCAUAUAUGUCAAGUUGGUGGAGGCCUUUUGUGCUGAAUACCAGAACAACAGAAUUAAGGUUAAUGACAACAAGAAACUAGGGAAAUGGGUCGACCUCUGUAAAACUGACAGAGAUGGGAAACCUCAUAAAGUGUUUGGCUGCAGUUGUCUUGUGGUUAAGGACUAUGACGAAGAAUCACAGGCUAACGAUGUCAUUGAAGAAUACUUCAAAUACAAGAAAUGA